UUGCAGCAUCCGCCACCGCCCUUUCGCAGGAAGCCAAGCCAGCGUCAGGAGACUCUUGCGGAAGCAUUGAAGGCUGGUGGCUUAUACGCAGGCCACUGGGGCUCCAUGGUGCCAGUGCGCGCGUGGGUCCGGCUGCUGCUGAAGCCCCUGCAUCCCCUCGGGCCGCAGCUAGCACCUGCACCGGGCCACGGGAGGCUCCGCCCCCUAGCCCCACUGCUCCGGCUUCAGCACCUCCGGCCCCCGGGGCUGACCAUGGCAUCGGGCUCCGAGGGGCAGCUGCAGCGCGCUCCGCCCUAUGCUUGGCCCAUGGAUAAACAUGAGAAAAAUGAAAGGGACCAGAAGUCAGUGAUCUGUAUCGAAGGUAAUAUCGCGAGUGGGAAAACAACAUGCCUGGAGUACUUUUCUAAAACCACUGACGUUGAGGUUUUGACAGAGCCUGUAUCUAAAUGGAGAAAUGUCCGUGGCCACAACCCUCUGGGCUUGAUGUAUCAGGAUGCCUCCAGAUGGGGAAUAACCUUGCAGACUUAUGUGCAGCUUACCAUGCUGGAGCAGCACACCAAGCUCUGGUGAAUUUUACCAGUGCGGAUGAUGGAGAGGUCAAUUCACAGUGCGAAAUACAUUUUUGUAGAAAAUUUGCAUAGAAGUGGCAAGAUGCCUGACGUGGAUUAUGUGGUCUUAUCUGAAUGGUUUGACUGGAUUGUGAAGAACAUUGAUGUUUCGGUUGAUUUAAUAGUUUAUCUCCGGACCUCUCCUGAGACUUGUUACAAGAGAUUGAAGAAGAGAUGCAGAGAGGAAGAAAAAGUCAUUCCAUUGGAAUAUUUGGAAGCCAUCCACCAGCUGUAUGAGGAGUGGCUCAUUAAGCAAACCCUCUUCAAAGUGCCCUCUCCUGUUCUUGUGAUUGAGGCAGACCAGGAUACACAGACAAUGAUGGAAUACUAUGAGAAAAACCGGGACCAAAUAUUAACCGCAACUGCAGGGAAUAUGAAACAUCACUUACAGAACCAGGAAAAUAAAUCUAUGUGAUCAUAGUAGGACCGACCCUGUCAGGAUCUGUCAGUUUAGCCAUGAGGAAUAACUUUUUAAGGUCCACUCAAGUGAAUUUUCUAUCACAUCUGAUUAAAAAUAAAUGUGUGUAUGCAUAUACACACAUACAACACACAAAAACAUACAUGAGGCGUGAAGGUUAUACCCAUAUGUACAUGCAUAUGUAUAUAUAUCUACUUCAAUAUACUAAGUAUUGAAGUGUACAUAUAUACACGUUUAUGUGUACAUAUAUGUCUUUGGUAGAUUGUCAUGGUGUUCAUUUAUUACCUGAGUGUCUACCAUGAGGCCUAUUGGUGAUGUGGCCCAUCUGAUCUUGGGAUUCGCCCUGCCUCAGAUUUUAAGCCAAAUAAAAACAAAAGUCACCUAGCAUCUAAGUAAAUUGUAGCAGGCCAUUUAACUGACUGCUAUUGGGGCUGUGCCAGCAGAUUUGGACCAAUUAAUCCUAAUUGAAGUUGAAUGUCAUUCAUCAUGUAAUUAAAUUCGUGCAGCCCCCACAAGUAUGCCCUGCCACUAUUAAGACCUGGAAUGCUUUUUUUCUACUACAUAGCUCAAUUGUAGGAGGUAUAAUAGGUGACUUUCCACCUUCGGUACUUUCACUCCCCCAAAUUCCAGGGGAUCCUCAUUUUGCUUUUUGAUGACCUAGGAAUAGUUUCAAUGGUAGAGUCAGAUCCUCCUGACAGCUGAAUGGUCCAGCCUUUUGUAGUGAGCAUGGGAACGGGAGCCUGUAUUUAUAGAGAGAAAGCCAGGGGGUGAAUGGAACCAAGUGUCAUUAUUGCCUGGUAAUUUGUUUGCCAAGUUAUUGAGAGGAAUAAACAAUUGCUGGAUUUUUCUUUUUUCUUUUUUCCCAUGAGCCAA